CGUGAACCUUCACCAGUAACAGGAUUAGAUUUUUGUCUGAAUAGGAGGAUUGAGUGUGGCCUGAAGCAGGUGUGAACUUCGGUGUUCUCCCUGAAACUAGGUUACAGCUGAAGAGAUCAAGAUGAUUCCAAAUCACUCUGCUGAAGAAACUGUUAAAAGAAUCCACGUUGAUUGUCCUGUUUCAGGAAGGCACAGUUACAUCUACAUAAUGGUUCCAACUGUUUACAGCAUCAUAUUUAUCAUAGGCAUAUUUGGGAACAGCCUGGUCGUUAUUGUCAUUUACUGCUACAUGAAAUUAAAAACAGUAGCCAGUAUCUUUCUUCUAAACCUGGCACUAGCUGACUUGUGUUUUUUAAUAACUCUGCCACUCUGGGCAGCCUACACGGCCAUGGAGUACCAGUGGCCUUUUGGCAACUGUUUGUGUAAGUUAGCGUCAGCGGGGAUAAGUUUCAACCUGUACGCCAGCGUGUUCCUCCUCACAUGCCUCAGCAUCGACCGCUACCUGGCCAUAGUGCAUCCAGUGAAGUCCCGAAUCCGACGGACCAUGUUUGUGGCCAGGAUGACUUGUAUUGCCAUCUGGCUUCUGGCUGGCGUGGCCAGCUUGCCCGUCAUCAUUCACCGCAAUAUAUUCUUUGCUGAGAACCUGAACAUGACGGUCUGCGGCUUUCGAUACGACAACAAUAACACAACGCUCCGAGUCGGGUUAGGUUUAUCCAAAAAUUUGCUGGGCUUUUUAAUUCCUUUUCUGAUCAUACUAACAAGCUACACCUUAAUUUGGAAGACCCUGAAGAAGGCGUAUCAAAUUCAAAAAAAUAAGACUAGAAAUGAUGAUAUUUUUAAGAUGAUUGUGGCAAUAGUGUUUUUCUUCUUCUUUUCCUGGAUUCCUCAUCAAGUAUUCACUUUUUUGGACGUAUUAAUUCAAUUACACGUAAUAACAGACUGCAAAAUCACUGAUAUUGUGGAUACGGCUAUGCCCUUCACCAUUUGCAUCGCUUACUUUAACAACUGUUUGAAUCCCUUUUUUUAUGUUUUUUUUGGAAAAAACUUUAAAAAAUACUUCCUUCAGCUAAUAAAAUACAUUCCUCCAAAUGUCAGCCAACAUCCAAGCCUAACAACAAAAAUGAGUUCCCUCUCAUAUCGGCCACCAGAGAAUAUACGCCUGCACACUAAAAAGGCUGCUGCGUCUUUUGAUGCUGAGUGAUGCAUUUUGCAAUAUACUUCUUUUUUUAACAACCUUGUGAAGGAUGCAGCAAGAAUGACAAAAUUCAUCUGCAGUCGUGAACAUCACAGCUUACUGCUCGUUACAGAAGCAUUGGAUCACCUCAUGAGAAACCAUACUGUAAAGACUUAGCAGUGGCCUUUUACUUUACAUUGUGAAGAGGACUGCUGGGUUUCAUUUUGUUUUUCUUUACUGAAAGCAACAUAAAUGGUGGACAGGCAUGUCAGAGCUUCUGUCAGCAUCCUGCCCUU